CGGAGGGCGUCGGGGGAGCCCCGGGCUCGCGGGGCGGCCGGACCGUCCAGUAGAUGUGGAUUCAGGUUUCUCCUCUUCCUCGAGCUAGCUUCCCGAGAGCACGACCUUCAGAGAUCAGUUGUAUAACGGGCUCUGGUCGUUGGGGCGAGAGGAUGGAGGGAGAAGAGCGCUCCCCCGCGGCGAAGACCGGAUCAGAGCAGCAAACCUUUGUUCGGAAGAUCGAAGCCCAGGAAGGCUCUCUCCAGAACUCGACCGAAGAGUCCGAAGAUUCCACGUUGGAGGAAAGCCCCGAUUCCGGAAAGGAAACGCGGAAGCACAGAUUCUCGUUGGUCCAGCGUAAGGGCACGUCGAGUAGGGAACGCGACAGCAGCGUCGAAUCCGGCUCCAGCAGGGUUGCACCCCACAACUGGGGGGCGCCAGACACCAUCAGAGACGAGGGCCCGUUAGAGUUUGCCCGCGGGCCGGGCAGUCCCCCGCUCGUCAGGCUCAGCCCCCACGAGCCGCCCUCGGGCUCGACCUCUCGGAACCUCGGAGAUAAGAGCGAGUUGGAACUGGAGAAUUUGUUGGAAUCGCGCGAAGCUAUGCAACGCGCCUACUGGGCUGAGCUGCAGAACCGACUGCCUCUGCCUCUGGCUCACCUCAUGGAGGACGAGGCGCUGCAGAUCCUCACCAAGAGCCUCCAAAGUUACCGCAAGGGGAUCGGGAAGGACCACAAGCUGACCCAGCAGCUGCAGCGGCACGUGGAGAAGCUGCGCAGGAACCAGAAGUAUCGCCAAUUCACCUGAGCACCUGGUGUUCCUCCCACCCCCCUCCCCGGGAAUCCCGCCCCGCCGGGCGCUGGCCCCGCCCCGCAGGACUCCGCCCCCCCAGAUAAAUAAAGGCGCUCCGCCCUCUG